GAUUGGUUGGUUGGUUAAAAUUGCACGAGCCGAUAAAAGCUCAUGGUUGGAUAAAACGACGAUUAGUUUCAUAUCAGAAUUGAUUGAGUGAAGAUUUUUCUAACAAGACAAAAACAAAUUUUAUUUUAGACUCAAAUUUUACCCAUGUUACACGUAUCCUUUAGCUUUGCCACAAAUGUACAUGCAGUGAGUUUUAGAUAACAAAGUGGAAUAACGCAGCAUUAGUUUCUAUUGCAUUAAGUGAUUUUAGUGAAAGCAAAAAAUUGUUUAAGAAAUUUUAGAGAAAAAAAAACAUUUUUUUCCUUUGAUUUUUGUUUAAAAAAAUUUCUUUUGGACGGGGAAUUGUAAAAAAAAAUUAGUGGUGUGUGACAAUGCAAAGAGAUCAACACGUCAAAAAUGCGAGAUUGACAUGGAACGUUAAACAAUCGAGCUUUGCUCUAAACACGAUCAACCCUAUCCGUGGUAUUAUCGACAAUCUGAAAAUCGAACCGAAUCCUGAGAAGUAUAUGAUUCCACUUUCUAUUGGUGAUCCAACCACAUUCGGUAAUUUGUUGGCGGCACGUGAGACUAUUGAAGCUGUAAAAGAAGCUAUUGAUUCCGGCGAGUUUAAUGGGUAUGGCCAUGCCGCUGGUCAUGUAGAAGCUCGCCAAGCUGUUUGCGAUUACGUUGAAGAGUGUCAAGGAAAAGUUUCGACCAACGAUGUUAUUUUAUGCAGCGGUUGCUCAUGUGCACUGGACAUGUGCAUCGCGGUACUGGGAGAUCCAGGGAAGAAUAUAUUAAUUCCACGGCCUGGAUUUUCUAUUUAUCGAACAUUAGCCAUUGGACAUGGCAUCGGUGUUCGUUCGUAUGAUCUGUUGCCGGAACGUGGUUGGGAGGCCGAUCUGCAGCAGAUGGAAUCGCUAAUCGAUGAAAAUACGGUCGCAUUAGUUGUUACCAAUCCGAGUAAUCCAUGCGGAAGUGUCUUCCGAAAAGAUCACUUGAAAGAAAUAAUUAAUUUGGCCGAACGUUAUUAUUUGCCAAUUAUAGCUGAUGAGAUAUACGAACAUUUUGUGUUUCCUGGUACUGAUUUUGUUUCCGUUAGUUCCUUAUCUAAGACUGUUCCCGUUUUAUCCUGUGGAGGACUCACCAAGAGAUUUUUAGUACCCGGUUGGAGACUCGGGUGGAUUGUCAUUCAUGAUAGAAAUCAUAUUUUCGAUGAUGUGCGAAAGGGACUCAGCAAUCUAUCAAAUCGAAUAUUAGGAUGCAACUCACUCGUACAGGGUGCACUACCGUCGAUUCUUCGUAAUACGCCUCAAUCAUUUUUCGAUAAUUUGAUCAACGUGCUCUACAAAAAUGCUCAGGUUGCCUAUCAACUGAUCAAAAAGAUACCUGGACUGCGUCCCAUAAUGCCCGAAGGUGCAAUGUACAUGAUGAUCGGCAUCGAUGUGGACCAGUUUCCCGAAUAUUCCAACGAAUUGCAUUUCGUGCAGGAUCUGGUAAAGGAAGAAAGUGUCUUUUGCCUUCCGGGACAAUGUUUCGACUAUCCGAACUAUAUACGCAUUGUGUUGACUGUACCUGAAGAGAUGAUAAUCGAAGCUUGUGCCCGUAUGGCCGAAUUUUGUGAGAAUCAUUACAAAAUCGACAGCCGAUUGAUUGAAAAUGAAAUUUUGCGAGCUGUUGACAUCGAUUGAAUGAGCACAUAUGAUGCGGCCGGGCAUUUAUGUUUUACAUUUCACAUUUUUCUUUUUCAUUCAUUUCGAUGAAUAUAAAAAUUUUAUUAAUUUUUAAGGCUUUUAUACGACAUGACGAUUUGUGAUUAAUUAAUAGGUUAAGCAUUAUGUUAAUAAUAUUUUA